GGCAAUCUCUGUGCAGGGCCUGUAGUGAGCGACUGCUGUCGCUGCUGUAUUGGUGAGUGGGAGAGGGAGGAUCAAGGAGAUAACCAAUGGAAGCAUUCUACGAUCGUUUGCUUGUGGGUUUGAAUCAUGAAGAUCAUUAUGAGGAUAUCAUCCCGAUUGGGGAAUUGGACGGGCGCCACGAGCGGUGGACCAUCAAGGCAAGGGUGGGAAAGAAGAAUGAGAAGAGGCGGUGUAUCAAUCGUAACAAGAUCGUCACUGUGUUCAGCUUUGAACUUCAUGACGCGACCGGGGAGAUUCCUGUUGUAUGUUUCGAUUCACUCGCCGACGGAGUUUGCGAUGAGAUCGAGGUUGGCCAAGUGUACCUCUUCUCCAAUGGAUUAGUGAAAGAAUCGAGGAAGGACUGCCAUCAUCUACGUCAUGACUGGCAGAAUCAACUCAAAGAUGGCUACUCGAUCAUUGAGCCGGCAGAAGACGACGGACGUAUACCUAUCGAACGAUUUGAAUUUACUAGAAUUGCACAACUGAGAAGGGAUACGGUUGUGGAUCUCAUUGGUCUUGUCGUUGCCGUUGGACCGGUGCAAUGCGUGUUGCGCAGGAGGGACCAAGCAGAAUGUUGGAACAGGACCGUAACGCUGCUGGACACGCCUGAGAGGCAUGUUGAGCUUACUCUCUGGGGAGAGCUCUGCCGCAAAGAAGGUCAGCGGCUCGAGGACCUUCUGCGCGAAAGGCCCAAUGGCAUUCCCCCUGUCCUUGCAGUUAAGACGGCGCAUGUGACUGAAUUCAACGAUGUCAAGUGUGUUCAGACAAUCGCUGCCACUCGGCUAGUAAUUGAACCCAAUAUCCUGGAUGCCGAACAGCUCAAGCGUUGGGCUCAAUGGGCUGCUGCACAACACGGCAAUCUGGGUGCAUGAGAAUUUGACACCCAAAGAGAGUUAAUAGGCAGUGGGUGCCUGCGCUUCCAGCUAGAGGUAGGCAGGUAGUGGCACUCGACAUGUGAUCGGAAGAGCACACGUCUGGGUGUCUGCGCACUCGAUCACCUGUCGAAUCACCCCGAAAGCGUUUCGAUACCAACGGAGUGAGCUCAAAGCAGGGAGCCAGGCCUGUAAAGGCCUGUUUUUUCCUUUUUUUCUUAAGAAAAAGCGAAGUAAAAAGCUCAGAACGGG